AUGAAUAACUACAGCACCGAUGAAGACUUGGACGAAGACAUUGCCACCCAAUUUGUCAUUCAGCAGAGUUUACAGGAUACGCACAAGCCAGAGACCGUACAGCAUGCAGAGGACAACGACAGUCUCCAUUCUUUGUUGAGCCCAGAAUAUAAGAAGAUUGUUGAAGCAAUCAAGGCAGUGAGCUUGUCCUCUACAGGUGAGGAAGAUGCUCUAUCAAAGCUGUCUGUGCACUUUUCGGCAUUUGAGGAGACGGAUCAGACGGGCUGGCUCCCUUUGCACCAUGCGGCGACCCAAUUAAACAAACACAUCUUGGAACUCACUCUGAAAGGUUCACCACCCAGACUAUGGGAGCAAACUACUCGGAAAGGUGAGACUCCACUCUUCUUGGCAGUAGACAAAUGCCUUGUGGAAAACACCAACUUUCUUCUUCUCAAUGACUGUGACUGCAAUGCUCAGAAUGAAGAAGGCCAUUCUCCUUUACUUAUGGCUGUCAAGCACCAUUCCUAUGACAUGGCUUCCUUGCUGAUCACCUUUGGCGCCAAAGUGAAUUUGCGCUGUGCUAACAAGAGGACGGCAUUGCAUGAGGCUGCCCGGCUGGGCAGGAAGGACAUGGUGGACCUCAUGCUGCGUUCGGGGGCUGAUCCCGACCCGCAGAGCACCUAUGGAUUCACGCCACUCGCUCUCGCUGCCCAAGGUGGGCACACGGAAGUGAUGGAACUCUUACUACAAAAGGGUAAGCAAUUCCGGGCUUCAGAUGCUUCAUCCAUUUUGCUUGAGGCUGCUGCUGGAGGAAAUCCUGACUCUCUGACUCUCCUGCUGGAAUAUGGAGCCGAUGCCAACGUCCCCAAGAGUUCAGGCCACUUGCCUAUUCAUGUAGCAGCUGAUCGAGGCCAUUUGUUAGCGUUAAAGAUUUUGGUCCCCGCGACUGAUUCCGCUGCCAUUAAGAGAAGUGGGAUCAGCCCCCUUCAUUGUGCAGCAGCUGGAGCACACUCACAAUGCCUUGAGUUUCUCCUCCGAGUCGGAUUUGAUGCCAACUUCAUGCUUGAUCAGAAAAUUCGCAAACACUACGAUGACCAAAGAAAGUCAGUCCUAUAUUUUGCUGUGUCAAAUGGCGAUGUCGCCUCAGUUAAGCUGCUCUUGAACGCUGGGGCGCUGCCCAAUCAAGACCCAGUCAACUGCCUCCAGAUAGCCCUCAGAAUGGGUAACUAUGAGCUGGUAAACCUGCUCCUCCGGCACGGAGCCAACGUCAAUUAUGUCUGUAGAGUGAAUCCUUUACAUUUCCCAUCAGCUCUGCAGUACACACUCAAAGACGAGAUCAUGCUAAGGUUGCUGCUGAACUAUGGGUAUGAUGCGGAGAGAUGUUUUGACUGUCCCCAUGGAGACAAAGUUCAUUCCCGCUACACUUUUGAAGGCUGGACCUCAACUGUCAUCCGAGAUACACUGUUCUGCGAGGUGAUCACUCUGCCUUGGCUGCAACACCUCUCGGGUAAGGUCAUUCAGGUGAUGCUCGACUACGUUGACAGAGUUCAGAUCUGCUCCAAGCUAAGAACGGUACUCCAAGAACAGGCAUCGUGGGCAGAAAUCAAUUCAGUCCUGACAAACCCUCGUUCCCUAAAACAUCUUUGUCGUCUAAAGAUUCGGAAAUGCAUGGGACGCUUACGUCUACGCUGCCCUGUCUUCAUGUCAUUUCUCCCACUACCUAAUCGACUGAAAGAAUAUGUACUUUUCAGAGAGUAUGACCUUUAUGGACAAGGAUGUUUAAAAGGGACCUGGUAA